AUGGCUCCCCCCACCGUUCUCAUUAUUGGCUGUGGCGUAGCCGGGCCGGUCCUUGCAAUUCUUCUCAAGAGCAAGGGCUAUCAUCCGAUUGUCUUUGAAAAGGUCCGAGAACUUGGCACUGCCGGCGCAUCGUUGAUGGUAAUGUCGAACGGGCUCAAAGUCUUUGACUUGAUUGGAGUUGCAGAUGCCAUCAAAGCUGAUUCCCUUCCACUAACAGCCCUUUGGGAUGCCAAAGCAUCAGGAGAGGUUUUAGGACAAUCCAGUCUACCGAGCACCUUUGCCGAGAAAUACCAACAGCCCGCCACUGGUAUCAGGCGAACGAACCUUAACCUGCUCCUGAAGAACAAGGUGUUGGAAGCGGGCAUUGAGGUCAGAGAAGGAUGGGGGCUUGUCGAUAUACAGGAACACGAAGACUCGGUGACGGCGACUUUCAGCAAUGGAGAAACAGUAACGGGAUCUUUCCUCGUCGGAUGCGAUGGCAUCAAGUCGGCAUCAAGAGCCGUCUUGCAAAAGCAAAAGGGGGUUGAAGAAGGCGCUCCUUCAUUCACAGGUCUCACACAGACGGCCUUCUUAUCAGAGACACCGGAAGCCCUUCGAGACACAGCAGCGAUGCGCAAUUGGUACGGCGAUGGAGUUCACGUCAUUUCCUACCCAGUUGGCCCAAGGACCAUGUCAUGGGCCCUCACGCAGCGAGAGACUCAGGAGAGGGAGGAGACAUGGCGCCCCUUCACAGCCGACGAGAUGGAAGCUCAACGAGAUACCCUUUGCAAGCUCCUCGAUGGUUGGGAUGCCAACAUCGCCCUGGGAGUGAGAUCUGCUGAGCGAAUCAUCAAGUUCGGCCUGUUUGAUCGCGAUGAGCUGAAGCCGGAGCAAUGGUACUCGAGGCGUUGUGUGUUGGUCGGAGAUGCUGCCCAUCCCACAAGCCCCCAUCUCGGUCAGGGAGCGAACCAGGCCAUGGAAGAUUGCUACCACCUGAGCAGCGCGCUCCCGAACCUCUCCCCCGACGCCCAAACCGAAGAUUACGCCAAGAACCUCGAGGCCCUGGGAAGCAGUCUCUCGGAAUCCAUAUUCCGCCCCUUUGCAGAGAAGCGCCAGCCACGGACGUCUAUUCUCGUCAAGGGCGCUCGCGCUCUGGGCGAAAAACGAGUUGCCUUGGGUCCCGAAAAGGGCAGAGAGCGAGACGAGUCCGUUGCGCAGUCUUACGAGGGCAAAGCCGAAGCCAUUGUCGCCAAGUUUGAGGGGCUGCUGAGCCAGCCGUUUAAUUAG